AUGGAUCCGUUAAUCCGUGAAAACAAAGUGCACGCACGUUUAAUAAGUAAUGCACUCAGCAAUUUAAAAAAACUGGGGAAGGCUAAUCACACCCCUGCUGUGAUUCGCGGACGUCUCUCUUUGCUGAAGGACUACUGGAACAAAUUCCAAGCCACGCACAUCCAGAUUGAGGUUGCUGCAACUGAGGAGGAGACCAGGACAAAUUCCUACUUCUCCGAGGAUAUCUUCGGCAAUACGGAAGCGGCCUUCCUCUCUGCCCUCGACGCUCUGACGGCAGCUUUACCUGCGGACAACGAAGCAGCAAGUAACCCUUGUAACAUAAGCUCCGUUUCUUGUCAUCGCGAAUCCGCGCCGUCUGUCAAACUCCCACGCAUUGAAUUGCCUAAAUUCUCCGGGGAUUAUACAGAGUGGGAAAACUUUAGAGAUCUCUUUCACGCGUUAGUGGGUUCAAAUGAGUCGUUAUCCGACGUGCAAAAGUUGCACUAUUUAAAAGCAAGUUUGACCGGUGCAGCGUCUCUUUUGUUAAAAAAUGUUUCCACUUCCGCGGCGAAUUACGAAGCUGCGUGGAGGUUGUUGACAGACAGAUACGCGAACGAACGCGCGCUCAUAAAUGCUCAUUUAAAAAUGUUAUUCGACUCACCCCCGAUCGGAUCUGCCGUUUUAAACGAUCUAAGAAGCUUACGUGAUAGAUCUCGCGCCGCUUUAACGGCAUUAAAGAAUUUAUCGCGUCCGGUCGAAUACUGGGACGAUGUGCUCAUUUUUCAUUUUGUCCGUAAGCUGGAUAAAGAGUCCCAUCGGGAGUGGGAGAUGCGUAUGGGCGAAGACGAGUUGUAUCCAUCCCUCUCUGAUUGGGAUGCGUUUAUAAAUGUACGUAUUCGCACCUUAGAAUCGUUGGCGUCUUCGCGCGGUGAAGAAAACAGCUCCUGUAAAGGUAAAACAGGGCCAAUUAAAACGGUUAAAGCUCAUUUAAAUACGUCUGAAACGCAAUGUAUUGCGUGCGGAUCUGAUCACGCGUUGUUCCGAUGUGACGUGUUUCGCGGACAAUCAGUCGAGCAGCGUUUGUCUCUCGCGCGCGAACACCGGCAUUGUUUCAAUUGUUUGCAAAAGGGUCAUUUUCCGGAGGCCUGCUCUAGCAAACGUCGUUGUUCUAUCUGCAAAGGGCGGCACCACACCCUCUUGCAUUCUGAACGUAAACCCGCGAUAAAUCAAACGGGGAAUAAAAGUCGCGAAUCGACUAAUAACGCGGCAUCACAAAGAAUUCAAAAUUCGAGCACGGCAACGAACUCCGACGAUAACACGGAUGACACUUCAGUGUCAGAACCAGUAAACACGCAUUGCGGUUCCGCGUGGCGCGAAAAAAGAGUUGUUCUCGCUACUGCGUGGGUCAAAGUCGGCACUCCUGGAGGUCGACACGCUAUAAUUCGCGCGUUAAUUGAUCCCGGUUCGCAAGGUACCUUUAUUCGCGAAUCGGUUACACACGCGUUACGCGCUCCUCGCCAACACGCACACGCAUCCGUUACGGGUAUCGGAGCCGGCACAACGGCAACAGUACGAUCGUCUGCAAAUAUAUUAUUGCAGCCGUGCCAGGGUAAAGGGCCUGUGAUUCCUUUACGCGCGUUUAUACUUAAAAAACUGACGAACUACCGUACUAAUUCGGUGUGUCAGUCCGACAAAUGGACGCAUUUACGCGAUCUCGAGUGGGCCGACCCACUCUCUAACAAUGACGCUCCCAUCGAACUUAUUAUCGGGGCAGAUUAUUACGGCGCGAUUCUACUUGAAGGGCUUCGUAAAGGCUCUCGUACAGAACCGGUCGCGCAAAAUACUAUUUUUGGAUGGGUGUUGACUGGUCCCAUUCCGUCUGCUGAUCCUCAUGCAAUGCAAGUGCAUGUGCACUACGGCGACAUUAACGCCGAAAUUAACGAUACGUUCAAGAUUCUGAAGGGUUAA